GACAUUAGAGAAUUGCUAGCAAGUGGAGCAGACUUAAAGCUAGAGGCGGCUAAUGGGACUCGGAUUCCCUACAAUGGAUGGGUAGGAAUAAACUUUAGACUAUUGGAUGGUGCGACAAGUGAAAUUUCAGUACCAUUCUUAGUGACCAAAGAAGAACUUAGCAUUCCAAUUAUCGGUUAUAACGUAAUCGAACUGUUUAUUAAGGAUAAUAAUCCCGAACAGGUGCUACCAGCUGUAACGAGAAGUUUUGUGAAAACGGAUGCAAACGCUCUGAUUAACUUUAUUCGAAGUGACAGUAGUGAAAGUCUAUGUGCCGUAAGAACCUCAAAAAAGAAUGUUAUUAUUCCAAAAGGCGAGUCAGUUAGUGUGUCGUGCCGCGCUAACACUGGUCCGGUGCAAUGUGAUAGCCCAGUGCUAUUUGAGCCGAACGAAGAAGUCAAUUGGCCUUCUGGUCUGACAAUCCAGGAAACUUUAACCACCAUCAAAAUGGGAAAGUCCAGCAUUAUAGAUAUCCCAGUCUCAAAUACUACUGGACGUGAUAUUGUUUUGCCCAAACGCUUAGAACUUGGUCGUCUUCAGUUAGUACGUUCUGUAACUCCGCUAGAAGUUAAAUUAAGUGAUGAGGGUACGGAAUACCAGGAGGACAGUCCUGCUGAUAAGUCGGAAACAAGUUGUAAAUCAAACUCGAAUGGACCCAAAGAAUCUAAAGUUCCUGAAGUAGACUUGAGUGAUUUGACAACCGAACAACAACGACAAGCAAGAGAAAUGUUAUGUCAGGAAGCGGACGCCUUUGCACAAGAUGACGAAGAUAUCGGGUGCAUCAAAUUACAAAUGAAAAUCAACUUGACGGACCAUGAACCAGUACAGAAGAAUUAUCUUUCCAUCCCACGACCGUUAUACCCGGAGGUAAAAGCAUACAUCGAGGACCUGCUAAAUAGAAAUUUCAUCCGGAAAUCAAGAUCACCGUAUUCUAGCAGUGUAGUGUGUGUGCGAAAGAAGGAUGGUGGAAUGCGCUUAUGCGUGGAUUAUAGAAGUUUGAACAAGAAAACGGUUCCGGAUCGUCACCCGAUACCUCGUAUACAAGAAACAUUGGACAACCUUGGUGGGAACCAAUGGUUUAGUGUACUUGACCAAGGUAAAGCUUAUCAUCAGGGUUUCGUUGAUAGGCAGAGCCAGCCAAUGACAGCUUUCAUAACACCUUGGGGUUUAUACGAAUGGAUACGGAUUCCAUUUGGGUUGACCAACGCGCCAGCAAAUUUUCAGAGGUUUAUGGAGAACUGUCUCGACGACUUAAGGGAUAAUAUCUGUAUACCGUAUUUGGACGAUGUUAUUGUCUACUCUAAGACUUUCGGCGAACACUUACACCACCUACAACAAGUUCUGCAAAGACUGAAGGAACAUGGCGUCAAGCUAAAGCCGAAGAAGUGCGAAUUAUUUAAGAGAGAAGUGACAUUCCUCGGACGAAUCAUUUCAGCAAACGGAUACCGAAUGGAUCCCAAAGCAACAGAGGCGGUAACGAAAUUGAAAGGAGUUAGACCCAAAACUGUCGGAGAAGUACGUAAAAUAAUGGGUCUUCUGGGCGUAUAUCGACGUUCAAUAGCGAAUUUCUCAAAAAUUGCUAAACCACUAUAUGAUCUGUUGAACUGGGACAAGAAACUGGAGAAAGCAGAGAAGACUUCAAAUGUGACUAAACGAAACACGAGCAAGAAUUCCAACAAUCAACGAUCGUCAAAUUCACCUAUACAAUGGACGCAAGAACAUGCUGAUAUACUGAACAUCCUAAUGGAACGAAUCACGUCACCACCUAUCCUUGCAUAUCCUCAAUAUACUGAACCGUUUAUUGUGAAUACGGAUGCUUCGCAGGAUGGAUUGGGUGCAGUACUCUACCAAAAACAAUCUGGUGUUAUGAGAGUCAUUGCCUAUACCUCGAGAACGUUAAGUCCAGCAGAAAACAACUACCAUCUCCACUCGGGUAAGCUUGAGUUCCUGGCGUUAAAAUGGGCGGUGACGGAACAGUUCCGCGAUUACUUAUACUACGCACCAGAGUUUACGGUAUUUAUGGACAAUAAUCCACUCACCUAUGUUCUAACCACUGCCAAAUUAAAUGCCACGGGAUUACGCUGGGUGGGCGAGUUAUCUGAUUUCAAUUUCAACAUUAAAUAUCGUCCCGGUGCAAGUAAUACCGAUGCUGACAGUUUGUCUCGACUUCCUGGAUACUUUGAACAGUAUAUGGCGUCGUGCACUCAAGCAGUUUCGCAGGAAGAGCUAGGAGCUACUAUAACAUCCAUCUGUGCUCAGGGCAAUGGUGAUGUAACUUGGCUAUCAUCGUUUACCACUGAUCAAAGCUUGCUAUACGAGGAUGAAACGUUUCUUUUGCACAACCCUAGCUGUGGUCAAAUCAACGUCGUAGACAUUGCACAAGCCCAAGACAGAGAUCGAAACAUCAAGCGUGUAAAAGAUAUCAUCAAGUCUCAGCAAACUCCCACCUUGAAAGAACGAAAACGUGAAACAGCUGAGGUGAAACGGUUUUUAUUUGAAUUGCCGAAACUACGAAUUGACUCGAAGUCUAAUAUCUUGUACCAUCGGUCACAAGUGGUGCUCCCACAAGAAUUCCGUAGACGCGUGUUUAAAGAGUUACACGAGGACAUGGGUCACCUGGGAUCCGAGAGAGUCUUGGAUCUCGCGAGGGAACGGUUUUACUGGCCAUACAUGAGAAGGGACAUCGAGCACUUCGUUACCCACGUCUGCGGCUGCUUAAGACAAAAACGACCCAAUUUACCAACUCGAGAACCACUUCAAUCCAUUACCACAACUUCCCCCUUUCAGCUUAUUGGUAUCGACUUUGUCCAUCUUGAACGUAGCUCGGGAGGUUAUGAAUAUAUAUUAGUAGUGGUUGACCACUUCACAAGAUACGCACAAGCAUAUCCUACUAAGAACAAAGCGGGGAUUACGGCCGCUGACAAGAUAUACAACGACUUUAUUCCCAGAUUUGGAUUUCCUGAACGAAUUCACCAUGAUCAGGGUAAAUAA